CACCAGAGGAGGAGAAAACAAAAAAAAAACUUGGAUUUGGAUCUAAAAAUUCGAUCACGACGCAUCUCCUAAGCUCGCUCUUUCUGAUUGAUCCCAAUAGCCAGGCGCUUGAGAUGGAUCUGAUCCGGUGGUGAUUUGUGAGAUUCACGUCGAACAAGUUUCAGAUUCGUGGAGAUGGCUUGGUUCAGUGACAAAAUAUCUCUGGGAGGAUUCCCGGAUCUCACUGGGGCAGUUAAUAAAUUCCAGGAGAGCGUUAAGAACAUCGAGAAGAAUUUCGACAACGCCCUUGGCUUUGAUGACAAGCCCGAAUCUGCCGGUGAAGCUUCAAGUAUGUGGCCACCUGUAAUGUCCUUCAUGGGUAACACCUCUGAUGAGAAACUUGAUACAUUGGAAGACUCUGAGAAAUCAGAAAAUCCACCUCAAAUCGAAAGCAAUGAAGAAGAAGGAUCUGGUGAGGUAGUCACUGAACUAGCAGUAUCCGUUGAAGCAAAUAAAGAAACAAAUGUGACAACAGAAGCUGACCAAGCUGAGGUAACAGAGACUGUUGUUUUAGAUCCCAAAGAUGGUGAACCUGAAUCUCAGAUGGCUCUAGAAGAUUCUCAAGGAAACUCGGUUCAACAGCCUGGUGACACGAGUAGUUUAGAACCUGAUGAGAAGCCGGAAUUGGCAGCUGUUUCACAAGAGUCACAGCUAGAGCCACCCAAGUCCGAAGAUACUGAAUCAGAGGCAGAGGAGCCUAUGCCUGAGGAGGAUGCUGGAACAAAUGAUGUUUCUGUAGGAAACAGUGAUGCUGUUUUCUCUCCUGUGGUUGCUGAUACGGAUGAGACAAAAAAUGAGCAGGAAAGCCAGAGUGAAAAUCUGGAGAAGAGAACAUCGUCUGUAAAUGUUGAAGUUUCACCUGAUACAGAUAAUCUUAACAGGGUAGAGCCCUCUGAUGCUCAACUGUCUUUAAGUACUGAGUCGGCUGGUUCUGCUAACGAGUCUUCUGUGCUGAAGAGAUCUCCUUCAGAUGAAAUUUCAGAGAGAGUUGUAGAUUUUGUUUCUCGUGAACUGGAUUCAAGACUUGAUGGUAGUGAAUUAAUUGACAGCCAGCGUUCGAGCUCUGCAACAAAUGCUUCAGACUCUGUUGACGUUGUUAUGGAAUUAGAGAAGACAAAAAAGGAAAUGAAAAUGUUGGAAAAUGCACUGCAAGGUGCUGCAAGGCAAGCUCAGGCAAAGGCUGAUGAGAUUGCGAAAUUAAUGCAUGAAAAUGAGCAGCUAAAAUCUGCCACUGAGGAUUUGAAGAGGAAAUCCAAUGAAGCUGAAGUUGAGUCUUUGCGAGAAGAAUACCAUCAGAGAGUUGCUACUCUUGAGAGGAAGGUUUACGCACUCACCAAAGAAAGGGAUACACUUAGAAGAGAACAUAACAAGAAAAGUGAUGCUGCGGCCCUUCUGAAGGAGAAAGAUGAAAUAAUAAAUCAAGUUAUGGCUGAAGGCGAAGAGCUUUCGAAGAAACAAGCUGCUCAAGAGGGUCAGAUCAGGAAGCUGAGAGCUCAGAUUAGAGAGGUGGAAGAAGAGAAGAAAGGACUGAUCACAAAGCUUCAGUCUGAAGAAAAUAAGGUAGAGAGUAUCAAAAGGGACAAGACAGCUACAGAGAAGCUGCUGCAAGAGACAAUAGAAAAACAUCAAGCCGAACUUGCUUCUCAGAAAGAGUAUUACUCGAAUGCAUUAGCUGCAGCAAAGGAAGCUCAAGCAUUAGCGGAGGAGCGUACCAACAAUGAGGCGAGAAUAGAGUUAGAGAAUCGUCUAAAGGAGGCCGGAGAGCGGGAAUCUAUGCUAGUACAGGCGCUGGAAGAAUUGAGGCAAACCUUGAGCAAAAAGGAGCAACAGGUAGUGUUUAGGGAAGACAUGUUCCGCAGAGAACUUGAAGACCUUCAAAGACGUUAUCAGGCUAGUGAACGAAGGUGUGAGGAAUUAAUCACCCAAGUUCCUGAGUCUACAAGGCCUCUCCUAAGACAGAUUGAGGCAAUGCAGGAAACUACUGCCAGAAGAGCAGAAGCUUGGGGUGCUGUAGAGAGAACUUUGAAUGCCCGACUGCAGGAAGCAGAAACUAAAGCUGCCACAGCUGAAGAGCGAGAGCGCUCUGUGAAUGAACGCCUCUCUCAAACCUUAUCAAGGAUCAAUGUUCUAGAGGCCCAGCUUUCAUGUCUUAGAGCAGAACAGGGCCAGUUAAGUAAGUCGCUCGAGAAGGAGAGGCAAAGAGCGGCAGAGAAUAGACAGGAGUAUCUGGCAGCUAAGGAAGAAGCAGAUACCUUAGGCGGUCGAGCAAACCAACUUGAAGUGGAAAUCAUGGAACUGCGGAGAAAACAUAAGCAAGAGUUGCAAGAAGUGCUGCUCCACAACGAGCUUAUUCAAAAGGACCUAGAAAGGGAGAAGGCUACCCGUUUGGAUCUUGAAAGAACUGCCCGUAUCAAUCCCUCGACAGCCUCUGAACAGCUUCCCAUAUCAAGGCAAAAUUCUACCUAUGAGAAUGGAGGCUUGCAAAGAAAGCUCUCAAGCGCAAGCAGCCUUGGCAGCAUGGAGGAGAGCUAUUUUCUGCAAGCUUCGCUUGAUUCGUCAGAUAAAUCUUCUGAGAAGAGAAGCAUGCCGGAAGCAACUAUGAGUCCAUACUACAUGAAGAGCAUCACACCGAGUGCUUAUGAAGCCACGCUUCGACAGAAAGAGGGUGAACUUGCUUCUUACAUGUCCCGCUUGGCGUCAAUGGAGUCUAUCCGAGAUUCCUUAGCUGAAGAACUAGUCAAAAUGACCGCAGAGUGUGAGAAAUUAAGGGGGGAAGCGGAUAGGGUGCCGGGCAUAAAAGCAGAGCUGGAAGCACUAAGACAAAGGCAUGCGGCUGCUCUGGAACUGAUGGGUGAACGAGAUGAGGAGUUGGAGGAACUUCGAGCGGAUAUAGUGGAUUUGAAGGAAAUGUACAAGGAGCAAGUGAACAUGCUGGUGAACAAGAUCCAAUGAGAAAGCAACAAAGUGUUGACAGGCUCAGGCACAUGAGUAGGACCAUCAUCCUUGUUUCCUCCUAUUGGCUAUACCACCAACCCUAAGGCCAUUUCUUUCUUUUUUCUUUCUUUUUUUUUUCUCAGAAAAGGGUUUGUAAAACAAACUAUUACUGCUCGAACUAAGAUUUUCCAUACUGUGUUUAUUCGUAAUUAUAUGGAGACAAUGUAAAAGUGCCUCGUUCUUUGAGAGA